AUGGAUUCAGCGAUAAUUCCAGAAGGUAUUGUCAACUAUACUGAGUUAACUAAGAGUUAUAUGGGUGUUUUGUAUUCACCAAAAUUUGCACAGUUUUUAAAUACAACUCAGACUGGCUAUGCCCAUUCAUCAUCAGGAACUGAAAUUAAUUUAUUGUUAAAGACUUUGUUUACUUCAUUAUGUUUUUGUACUGUCCAGUUAACAUGUUUUUGCUUUUUCAGAUCUAUUUUCAAAUUCUUAUACCAACCAAGGUGUUAUUGCGUUCCGGUAAAUCAAAGGAUGGAUCCUUUACCAAGGGGAUUUUUAACUUGGGUAAUGCCAACUAUAAAGUGUAGCAAUGGAUUUUACUUAUCAAUGGGAUUAGAUACUUAUUUCUUUGUGAGGUAUAUCAGUAUUUUACUUUUAUUCUUCAUUGUCAUUGGGUCUCUAAAUAUGAUUGUAUUAAUUCCAAUAAAUUUGUCUGGUAAUUCAGAUUAUAGUGAAGCAGCUACCGGAUUAGAUAAAUUGAGUCUAUCUAAUAUAUCAAUUUCCAACGUUCACAAGCUAAAUGCACAUUUUGUUAUGAGUUUAAUUACUAUUGGAUUCUUUCAUUGGUUAAUAAUUUAUGAAUUCAAUAGUUUUGUAAUUAUAAGAUUAUCCUAUUUAUUGUCUCAGAAACAUGAAAACUCAAUUACUUCAAGAACUUUGCUUCUAACCAAUGUACCUAAUAAUUUGAAAGACAAGAAUAUACUCACAAAGGUAUUUGAUGUAAUUCCUGGAGGAAUAAAGAAUAUAUGGUUUGUUCAUGACUUUUCAGUAAUAGAAGAUGAUGUUAGAAUGAUCAAGGUUGCUCUUGAUUAUUUAGAAGAGGCUCACACGAUAUACUUUCGUAAAUUUAUUAAGUCCAAGUUUAAAGUAAGCCUUUUUGGAAAGGGUUCACGAAAUAUAGAUGACACAAUUAUUCAAAAAUAUAUUAAAGUAGACUUUGAACCUAGAUUAUGUCCAAAAUUUUAUCCACCUAUAUUUAUUGGUCCAUACGAGAUUCCAAAAGUGAACCGAAGAAUACGAUUUAAACUUCCUGGAUUUCUUAGAAUCUUGUUGUGUCAGAAAAAGGUUAAUAUGUUUGAUUGGUCAAUUGAAGUUUUAAAUUCUAGAUUUGACUCCUUAGAUUAUCAGAAGCUUUUGCUUACUAAAGAUCAGUUAUUGAAGCAUAAUAAGAUAAUCGUUGAAUUCAAUACUCAAAAUGGAGCGAGUAUUGCUCACCAAUGCUUAUUAUCCCAAACCCAAGGAACUUUAGAUACGAGUUUUUCAGAAAUCAAGCCUAACGAUAUUUUAUGGAACAAUCUUGAUAGAACUAAUAGUUUUGUGUGUUUGAUAGAAAAAUAUUUUGUUACAAUUGCCUUCAUUGGCAUUAUACUUCUAUAUAUUGUUCCUGUUUCAUUUAUAGGGUUGGUAUCUCAGAUGCCUUUAUUAACAGAACUUAUGCCAUUUCUUCUGUGGCUAUACAAAUUACCUGAAGAAGUUAGAGAAACAAUUUCUAGUUUUAUGCCAUCACUAUUACUUUCAAUCUUAACAGAGAUUGUGAUGAUUACAUUUAGAUUUUUAACUUAUUUCAAAGGAAAAUUAACUGGUGCUGAAUUAGAAUUAGAUUUGCAGACAUGGUAUUUUUCAUUUUUAUUUGUUCAACAAUUCUUAGUGGUCACUAUCCUGUCAAGUGUCACUGUUAUUUUUAAGCAAAUUCUAGAUCAACCUACUUCAAUACCAAUUUUGCUUGCAACAAAUUUACCGAAGGCUGCAACUUUUUUCUUUCAGUAUAUUUCUUUGAAAGCUUUUGCAUUUUGCGGCACAAACUUUUUGAGAAUAGACCAAUUGAUUCUUUAUCAUACAUUAUACAAAUUGAGAGAUAGAACUCCAAGGCAAAAGUUUCAUAGAUUGACCAAUUUACCAACUAUUAAGUGGGGAUCUACAUUUCCUGCUUAUUCAGUCUAUGGUUCCAUUGGAAUUGCUUAUUCUAUUAUAUCACCACUCAUUUCCGUCUUUAUAAUAUUCAUCCUUUCAUUGGCAUUAUUAUAUUACAAGUAUGCAUUAAAGUAUAUAUACAGUCAUUUAAAUCAAUCUGAAACACAAGGAAAAUUAUAUCCAAUUGCUCUCCUACAUUUAUACACUGGAAUUUAUUGUCUUGAAGGUUGUCUAAUUGGAAUAUUUUUCUUACUGAAAAAUGAAACAGGUUCAUGUACAAUGAGAAUUCAAGGUUGGAUAAUGAUAUUCAUAUUAUUGGCAACCAUUUUUGGUCAUAACACAAUAUAUAAUAGAUAUGUCGAACAUUUUUCAUAUUUACCAAUUCUUGAAGAUAAACAAUAUAAGGAUUGGCAAUCGACAUUUGAUGAAAGCAAUGACAGAAUAGCAACUAGAACCGGAUGUCCUGAUCUUUCACAUAAAAGUAUGAUUUAUCUUCAUCCUGCUUUUAAAUUCGAAUACCCAAAAUUGUGGUUACCUUCAGAUCCCUUUGGAAUAGCCAUAAGCAAUAUAAAUUACAUUCAAAGUCGAGUACCCAAAUUGAUGGAUGGCUGUACAAGAGGAGCAUCUAUAACAUUUAAGAACGAUAAUGCUAGAGAUUACAAAAUAAAGGUAUCUGAAGCUCCCCCAGAUUACAGGUGA